GGAUACAUUCAGUCAGGUGUAGCGAUCCGGCCUCGUUCAGGUGUACCAUGACAUCAAAUGCCAGUGGGACGACUCAGUUUUCAAAUGUCCAGAAUGUGUCUAUACAUGGUGUGACACAGAGUAUACAGGUUACAGGUGCUCAGGACUGCAGUAUAUUCAUCGAUCCUGACUGUGCAAUGUGUCAGAACUUUGAUGAUAAGUUUGGAGUUCAACCCAAAUACGCCAAGAUGGGACAACCCUUAGAGCUGACCUGUGCUGGACAGCUUGCAACGCCACAGUCCCAGAACAGAGCUAUCUGGUACAAGCAGAAUGUGAAUGACCAACAGAAAGUGAUAAUUACUGUGAACAAAACAGACUUGGUGUAUGAUCCUCCGGCUCCAAAUGCCUGUACGGUUCUCGGAUGCUCCACUCUGACGUAUUACCCUCAGAACACAGACCGUGAGCUGAGAAUCACCUGUGAAAUCAGUUCUGGGAGCUCAGUUGAUACAGUCAGUGAUGAAAUGUCCAUCUGUGUUGAAGGUAAAAUCUACAGAUAUUCUACAGAUAAGCAUACAAAGUUGUAA